AUGUACAUCACCCUCUACUUUCUAGUCACCCGUCUCCCUGAGUCCCUUCGUGCUGUUAGGGACCAUCGGUCGGUGCGACGUCUGCCCCCAGCGGUAGGCGCCGCUCUGGCGAGGGCAAGGGGGGCAAGGGAGCGGGUGGAGCUAGCGGGGGCGGUGGCGGAGGAGGUGGGGGUGGCGGGGGGAGUGGGGGUGGCGGUGGAGGUGGGGGCGGGGGUGGAGGUACUAGUGGCGGCAGUGGAGGCGGAGGUGGCGGCAGAGGUGGCGGUGGAGGUGGCGCUGGGAGCGGUGGGGGCGAGGGUGGCGGUGGCGGCGGUGGCGGCGGAGGCGGGGGUGGCGGUGGUGGAGGUGGUCGGAGUGGCUCGUCCCAGCGGAGCAGCACUGGGGGUGGUCAGCGCCAGCAGCAGCAGCAGCAGCAGCGCUCUCGCGACGUCCCCGCCCCUCACCAGCUCCGUGCCAGUGAGGCUGCUGCUCUAG